UUCUCUAAUCCCCUGUUCCCCGCCACUUCUCUCCUCUUCGCGUCUCCCAUGGCUUCCACUCUCUCACUCCGACCUCUUCACCCUCCGCUCCUCUCCAGCCUCGAUCACCACCCUCUCCUCAAACCCUACUUCCGCACCCCCUUUCGCCGAAACCCUAACCCUAGCCCUAGCUUCUCCCCCAGAUUCCCCAUCUCCGCCUCCUCUUCCUCUUCGUGGGAGCGGGAGGAGGCUCGGUGGCUCCGGGAGGAGCAGCGGUGGAUCCGCGAGGAGCGGCGGUGGCUCCGCGAGGAGUCGCGGUGGCGAUCGGAGCGCGAGUCGCUGCUCGCCGAGAUCGCCGCGCUCCGGCGACGCCUCGAGGCGCUGGAGCGCGGCGGGGUGGGGAUGGGAGCGGUGAUCCGCGCGGCGGAGCCGAGGCCGGUGCUGGUGGAGGAGGCGGCGGUGAAGGAGAUGGUGCUCGAGGAGGUUAGGGUUUCGGAGGUAGCGGUGGCGAGGAAGGGGGAGGAGGAGGUGUUGGUGGGGGAGGGGGAGAGCGAGGAUCGGCGGCGGAGCAGAACGUUGAGGAAGGGAGCGGAAGGCGAUGAUGUUCGAGCAAUGCAGGAAGCUUUGCAAAAGCUGGGCUUUUAUUCAGGCGAAGAAGACAUGGAAUUCUCUAGCUUUUCAACUGGGACAGAGCGUGCAGUGAAAACAUGGCAGGCCUCAUUAGGGAGUUUGGAGGAUGGGAUUAUGACAUCGGAACUACUAGAAAGGCUAUUUAUUGAGCAGAGAGUGAAGGGUGGUAGCUCAAAAGCAAAUUCAGAUGGUUCAAACGGAGCUGCAGUUGCUUCUGUAACGGAGAUUGCAGAGAUUCAGCAAACAAUAGUUAAAGAAAGUGGUGAUUCGGAAGUUGAGGUUUCGCAGCAAAGAGUGUUUCUUCUUGGUGAAAACAGGUGGGAAGAACCAUCCAGGCUAUCGCAGAGGAAUAAACCCAUCAGUAGAAGCAAUGCUGCGUCCGUUACAAAGUGCCUUUCUUGCCGUGGAGAGGGUCGCCUAAUGUGCUCAGAAUGCGAUGGAUCUGGGGAACCGAACGUUGAGCCACAGUUCUUGGAGUGGAUCGAUGAAGGAGCCAAAUGCCCCUAUUGUGAAGGCCUGGGUUACACAAUCUGCGAUGUUUGUGAAGGGAAGGCUAUUGUUGAGAACUAGUUGUAAACCUUAUUCUCGUUCGAUCUUGUUCUUUGCACAAAAUAGUGCAUACAUGUAUAUGUUACAAAAAUUUUCCUAUGUUUUACCACAAAUGAUCAAUAUUCGCGAGGAAGUUACUCAGAAUUGCAAGAUAAGA